GUUUGAUUUUUAGGGGUAAUGCUAAGUGAUACUUGCUCCUUCUGCUUCAGUGGAUGAGACUUUGCUCACUGAUGCAAUACAAGGCUGUAUUACUGGCAGCCUCACGGCCACUCCUAAAAUUCCAGCAAAGCUGCUGUUGUAUACAAUGUAAUUCUGUAUAUAUACCAACAUGCCGUGUGUGUGUGCGUGGAUGAAGAGGCACCUUUGCUUGAAGAAGUGGUAGUAAGUGGAUGAGCCAUGACCCAGCAGGCCUCUCCUGGGACAUCCCUAGGCCUGCUGCUUUGUGGCCCUGCUGCCCCAUGCAGCUGUGGGGCUGGCUUGCUCUGUGGGAAAAGCAAAGCAGUCUGUGAAGCGGGCGCCAUGUCCCUGGAAACAGCUGUGGAGUGCAAACGGACCGCGCCAAGGGCUGGAAAAACUCUUCCAGGUUAAUGGUCCCAGUGACUCUGUUCUGCCUCUUGCAUAAGGGGCAUAAUGCCUUUCUGCUAUAGCUUUACCCAUGGCAUUUUAGUAUAUCUAAGCGAAUCAUCUGCAUUUUUGCCAACAUAAUAUGCAAAACAUCAUGUUCCGUGUUAGUUUGAAUAACGCAUUUGGUACUGAUGUAGGAAAGAGGAGUAACAAGAAGACUUUCUUCCAUGUUUUUUUUUAUCAACUAUAUCAGUUGGACUAAUGAGAGAUCGACACCUUAACCAGCAUUAAUGCUCAAAGUUUUUCACCUAGACUCUGACAGACCAAGGGGCACAGGAAAAGAUUGGGUGUGGUAAUUAGACUACUGACCUGGGACUCAUCAGACAAACCCAGCUAUGCAUCAGAUACGCUUCGUAGUCAUGGAACCUACAACUAAGUGGACCCUACUGACCUAUGAAUGACAGAGGACAAGAGUGACAAGAAGUGUGAGAAGCACACAAAGAAAAAGGAAGUGGAGACGCUUUCAUCUGGACUUCUUUCCUGUCCCCUAUUACUAAUAUUGAAUGGAAAAGAGAGAUUUACGUGCCUUUUCUCCCCCAGUCUCAGGGAUGGGUGGAUUAUAAAUUCAGUGUGUGCAGUUGGAAGAAUAGACUGAAUCAUGAAUCUUCAAGCUCAGCAAAAGUCUUCAACCAAAAGGACUGGGAAACGAAUUACUUAUUUUAAUGAGCAAGAUAUAGCUGUGUCAUCAAAAGAGCCACAGCAGCAGCUUAAAGAAGGACAGUAUUACAGUCAUGGAGGGAAUAUACCAGCCUCCCAAACUAUGGAGAUUCCUCACACAGCAGGAUUAACAAGUGCCCCCAGCAAUGUUGCUUUGAUGAACUCUGUUUACAGUCAAGAUAGGGGAGAAUCAAUGAUGAUGUCCCAACCAGUAACAGCUGUCAAAUGGCAGAAUUCACUAAUGGGAAAUCGGUUGCCAGAGAGAGGCGAUGCCCACUGGCAGUCUCCACCUGCAAUGUGGAACCACAGUAUGGUUUUUGGGAGCAAUCCAAAAGGACCCCAUGCCAAUGCUGGUGCCCCAGGCUUCUAUGGUCACCCAGAAGCCCUUAAAAGAAAUCAAGAGAAAGGAGUGUUUGUGUCUCAGCUGGAUUUGUAUGAAGACGCAGUCCAACAAAUGAUGUCCCAGAAGGCUCAGCUGGAGCAGCAAGCUCUGGUUAGACAACAAGCACAAAUGAAUUCCUUUCAUCAGAUGCAGAAACAGCAGCAGCAGAAUCAAAGUCUGCCAUUACAGCCUUUUCAGCUUGCAUUUGGUCACCAAGGCCAGAAGCAAGGUCUUCCUGAAUUAUUGCAUGUCUUUCAAGAAGCGCCAGCUUCUUCCACUCCAGCAUUUACUGCUCAACAAAAACAGCAAGCUCUUCCCCAGCUACAACUGUUUGAAAAUUUCUAUCCUCAGCAGCAGCAGCAACAACAGGCUGCCACACAAGCUUUUAGUCUACAGCAAACUACUUCCAUAGCACAGCCUCAUGUGGCAGCUGCAGCACCUCAGCAUCACAUGAUGGCUCACCAGUUUCAGCAAACAGAGAGGAACCAGGAACUAUUCAAGGCUCUAACAGAGCAGAACCAACAGACUGUGCUACCUCAGACCCAGAUUCCUUUUCCAAGAAGGUCACGGAGACUCUCCAAAGAAGGUGUCCUGAUGACAUCUACAGGAGAAGUGUUGGCUUCCAAGCAGGCAGAAGAACAAUCUGGCAAUUUAUUUCUCCAUCACUGGCAAACACAUCAGCAAGAGGUCCCAUUACAGCAGCCACUUGAAUCACUGACCCAUAACAAAAGUAGCUAUUCACAUCCCAAGAGAAUGGAUCUGGGGCAGAAGGAUGUCCUGGUCAACAGUGAACUGUGCCAGAUGGAAACAGACAGGCAGGCCAUCGCUCAGAAUGGCAGAGAUGCAGAGAAACAGACAGUAGCAGCAGAAGAGAACACUCCAAGAACUAAUGACUUUCAGGGUGUUAGAGGUGGUGUAAUCCAGAGUACGCGAAGGAGACGGCGUGUUUCUCAAGAAGCCAAUUUGCUAACUUUGGCCCAAAAAGCUGUUGAGCUGGCUUCUCUUCAGAAUGUCAAGGAAUCGGAUACUUCAGAAGAGAAGAAAAGUGUGCUGAUAGCAGCUCCAGGACCCACAGCUGCUAAAAGUGUUGUGGAAUUUGCCAGUUCUUCACCAUCUCCCAAAAAAGCCCGGGAGGAUAGCAGCCUUGUGCCUCUUAUCAUUCCUGUAUCUGUGCCAGUGAGAAAAAUUGACUUGCAGAACCUUGAGAAAGAGAAGUCUGAGGAUGGGAAACUCCAGAGAGGCCAAACAAAUGAUCGAACUUCUUCUGAACGCAAGCCUUCUGUGAUAGUUACUCGGAGGCGAUCUAAUCGUAAUACUAACAUGGAAACCUCAAAUCAGCAUGAGCAUGCUGUUCCAAAGGAUGAAGCAGAGGGCUUUGCCCGGAAACCAAAGCAGCGCCCAAGACCUGAGCCACUCUUCAUACCACCAAAAGCUGGCACCUUUAUUGCACCACCUGUUUAUUCUAAUAUUACACCGUAUCAGAGCCAUUUACGGUCACCUGUCCGUCUGGCAGAUCAUCCUUCUGAUAGGAACUUUGAACUACCUCCUUACACUCCUCCACCAAUUCUUAGUCCAGUGAGAGAAGGAUCUGGGCUGUAUUUUAAUGCUAUCCUCUCUUCAAGUGGUCAUCCAGUUCCACCUCCGAUGACUCCUAAAAGUGCUCACAGAACUCUGCUUAGAUCAAACAGUUCAGAGGUUACCCCUCCUGUUCUUUCGGUGGUGGGGGAAGCCACCCCGGUCAGCAUUGAACCGCGUAUAAAUGUAGGAACUCGCUUUCAAGCAGAAAUUCCUUCACUUCAAGACAGAUCUCUGGCAGCAGCUGAUGAACAUAAAGCAGAGCUGGUGUGGCAGCCAUGGGGCGACCUGGAAACUAACAAAGUCACCCAACAGAAUGUGGAAAACCUGCUAGCUGCUGCGUGUUCAAGCAUUUUUCCUGGGGCUGGAACCAACCAGGAGCUGGCACUGCAUUUCUUACAUGAAGAAAAGGGAAGCAUUCUGGGAGCUCUGACCAAGCUGCUAUUGAAGGGGCCAGUACGAUCACCUACCCAUCCUCUGGCAGAUUAUCACUACACAGGAUCAGACAGUUGGAAAGUUGCUGAAAAGAAGCUUUUCAACAAAGGCAUUGCAAUUUACAAGAAAGACUUUUUCUUAGUCCAAAAACUGAUAAAAACCAAGACAGUGGCUCAGUGUGUGGAAUUCUACUACACGUAUAAGAAGCAAGUGAAAAUUGGUCGGAAUGGGACCUUAAUUUUUGGGGACAUAGAUGUUGGUAAUGAAAAGUCUGUGAGAGAUGAAGCUGAAGUUGACAUCAAGAGUUCCCAUAGGUUUGCACGUGUUCUUCCUCUCAGAAGGGAUUUUUACAGUGAAGAACAGGGGUACAUGGAAGAGGAGGAAGAGGAGGAAGAGGAAGGGUUGGAUAACAGAAAGAAGAGCAUACUCCUUCUCAAAGAUGAACAGACACUACAAGAUGAUUUAAUAGCCAGUGAUGCCAAUAUAAGGAGUCAAGAGGCAACUGUUACAGGCAGAAUUGGAAGAAGGCCGAGAGAGACAACCAUGAAACCUCGAAAGCUUAUUACUGCUCCAGUGCAGAGGAGGCGGCGAAAACAGAAGAUAAAAUCAGAUGUUACCAGUAAAACUCAGAACACAGAAAACACAUUUCCAUGUAAAAAGUGUGGCAGGGUGUUCUACAAGGUGAAGAGCCGCAGUGCUCACAUGAAGAGCCAUGCAGAGCAGGAGAAGAAGGCAGCUGCACUGAAGCAGCAAGAGAGAGAGGCGGCGGCGGCAGCAGCAGCAGCAGCCCACAGCCAGGCCCAGCAGGAAGAGAGCAGCGAGAGUGGGACAAACAGCAGUGGAAGCAGCAGUGGGAGCUCAGAUGAGGAUGGAGAAAUAUAGCAGCAGGCUAGAAAUGGAGGGAGUAGCAAGGCUGGACCUAUCACCCUCUGAGUGGUUUCACAUUUUUUGCUUGCACUUUUCUGACCCGAACCAUCAGGUCUCAGUUUCAGUGCUGCAGUCUCCUCGUGCCACAUGUUCCACUUCACCUUGCCAGUACUGACCAAGCCAGAAUGGCAAACAAGAAGAUUUGUUUCAGCUUGGAAUGUUUUGAAAAAACAAAUAAGAUUUCUAUUCUAUUUAUAAUCAUACCUGAGGUACACAACUGAACAACGUCACCUGCAGUGGAAGUAAGUUCUCUUGGGUCAGUAAGACCUUUCUUCUUGUGCUUGUCAGGAAUCAUGAUAACAGGAUUCUUGCAUGUAACGGUUUCCAGACCAGAGUUAGAAAAUGGUGCUCUGCUCUGAGGUGACUGUAUCCAGUUACUGUGACACUGGUGAUUUCUAAAUGUUUUCUUUCUUAGCAAGUUAUUCUUCCUGUUACGCUUUCCUGCCUUUCUUUCUAAGCAUUUAUUCUGGCUGCCAGCAAGUUUUGUGGAAAGAUGGCGCGUGGUUUUGGCCUCUGUUUCACAAAAAUGAAAAGUGGGAUGAGCAAGAUACGCUUCCUCAUUCUGAGAGGAAGUUUUAUAUUUCAGAGAACUCUGAGGUGGUUUUCUUUCAUGCUAUUAAGAAUGCAGCAAUGGGUGUACGGUAUCCUGUGGGAUUAAAGUAGUCACAGGCCUUGUGGGUUGUCUCUUAAUGGAAAACAAAAUAGUUAGCCUUUGAUUAACUUCUUGGAAAGUAGUCUGGGUUUCACAAGUGCAAUUUUGAAAUGAAAACUGCUGGUUUUGAUUUUGGUUAAAGGGGAGCAAGUCUGUUUUGUGAAAAUGAACAUGGACCUUGUCUGCAUGUUGGACUGUGUGCACCCCAGAGAUGGGGGGAAUGGACUCUCAUCUCUAUCAAGCUCCUUAAAUCCCCCUGUGACUGGCUCUUACCUCUCAACACAUCCAUUUAUUUCCUGUGGCAGCCCUCAUUUAGCUUUUGAAAUUACUGUCACUGAGAGCUUCUAUUUGUGAGGCCCUUGUUUUCCAGAUAUUUCCUGUCAGACAGAGUGUGACUGUAUGUGCAGGAGGCUUUUCGCUUACUUCCACACAAGUGUCUGAACAGCUAAGCCUGCUGGGUUGUCCUUCUGUUGCCCCCUUAGCUGGCUGAAACGCUGACUUUUCCUUCAGAACUGGCACGUGCUAAUAGCCAAAAAAAUGUCUAGCCACCAAAAGCCUGCUGGUGAAUGAAAGUUAAGAAGAUGCAAAAGGAGUCCAGGUGACAUAGAUCUGCACAGGUUUGGUCUGUGCUUCUUUAUAGCCCACUUCAUCAUUAUUUCAUGAAGAUGUAGAGAAUCAGAUCACUUUCUUGCUCUCACAGUUGAUCAGUCCCAGCUCCGUGUUCUGGCUGCCUUUCCUGCUCCUUCAGUGCAGAGUGUGGAGGCAGCAGUUCCUGGGUGCCAGCAGUGAAUCACAUCCCAUGAGCGCUGCUCCUGUGGUGCAUGGCCAAGCCGGGAUCCUGGGUGGGUUAUUGCACAUGAAGUAUUCCCAACUGGCUGAUUUAAAAAAAUUUAUUUUUAUUUUUUAUUUUUAAAUUUGGCUCUUCAGGCUGCUAGAUAAAUUUCAGGUAAUGUAUCUACUUGUCAAGUUGCCAAUGGAAAACGGAUCUGACUCAGCAUGCCAUCUGGUCCUCUUUUCCUGUCCCAGGUAGUUUUACGCAACUGUGGUCGCGCUGUCCAAGUCUGGGAGGCUGUGUAUUGUACCAUAUUUUCUUUGACAUACAUAUGCCUUUGCAUAGACUUCUUAAUAGAAACAGAUACUACUCUUAAAAUUAGUAGCAUUAUCAUAAGGACUGCACUUUUUAAAAUGUUGACAAUGCUGCCUGUAUGCGUUUGAGUUCCUACCAACUCUGUGUUUUCAUUCCUAAUAAAACCAGGUGACUCUGUCAGCACUGGGAUGACUGCUGCAUGUCCCUGGGUCUUGCUGAAAAGACUGUGGAAGCAGAUGGCAUGUCACAAACUAUUACAAUCCGUUCAUAAACUGCAAAGAACUGAAAGCUACUCAUUGUUAAAGAGAAGCUUAAGCACAUCAGUCUUCCUAUUAAGAUUUUCAGUGUUAUUAUCUUUUUCCUCUUGUAAAUUGGAGAAAAAGUUUGUCUGCCACUAUCCUCACACCUUCAGAGAGAACAGAAGCUUUAGCGCACUGUGCCAGGAUAGUCAGUGAAGCAGCUGUAACUCACAGUUCACUUCUACUGCUGGGAUUAAUUCCAGUACAAAGUGAUCAUACAGUUAAAAUUCUGAAGUAUGUUUCUGGGAAGUUGCCAGUAGUUUCCAGAUCCUGAGACCUGCAGGGCAGAGCAUCAGCUCAGAAACAUGCAGGGCUUGUGAAUAUAUAUAAAAUGAGUUUAAAAUAAUGUAGAUGCUGUUGCACUAUUGUAAUGAAUGCAUUUCCCUGGAGUACCAGUCUCAGCUGUAGCACGGCGUACAGUUAAUUAAAAGACUGGGAAGACCUGGAAGUACAGAAUGAAGAAAUGGAGAUAGAGGUGGAAAUGGCACACAUUGAGAAACAAGGCAAAAUUGAAGAUUGUUAAGGUUCGAGAGGAGGUCUGCCUAAACCUGAGAACUAAAAUAAAGGUAAUUAAACUAUUUUAGGAAAAUGCUUUCACUAUCCUUGCUAAAACAGUGCCAAAUCAACCAUUAUUUCGUCCUUAAAAAAAAAAAACAACAACAACAACAACAUACUGUUCAUAUCAGGACAAACCAAUGGCUAGCUUCAGGUCUUGUUUCAGACGGUGAUCAGGAGCAGUCCUUUAGGAAAACUGAGGGAAAUAGUGGAACAGCAGCGUAAUCCCAGCUGAACUAAAAGAACUCAUUUGUGUCCUCCAGGAAAGCAAAUGCACAGAUAGAUUUGUAGAUGUGGACUGUUCUCCAUGCUGGCAGGAAAUCCAGAUGUGUCCCUGUUUUACCGUUAACACUCUGUGUAACACCUCAAUUUCUCCCAGUACUUUUAGUGUCUUGAAGUAUGCCAGGGUAACAAUGAGCCAAUGCUCAGUUGUGGCCCUCAGCAGUUUUCAAGAUGGCUGUAGUUUUAGGUAUUGCAUUGCAAAUUACAGUGGCAGACGAUUAACUGGUGAAAUCAAAUACAAAGAUUUAAAGAGCAAAUCGUGCUACUGCUUCAAGUACCAAUUUAAUCUUCUUAGGCAUGAUAAUGCUUUAAGGCAAGCAUUAUUAGUGUGUUCCAAAAGGGCAGAUCUUUCACUUAUUCUGUCUGCUUUAGGAAAUCAAUGAGUUGUGUUGCCUCUUACGAAGGGUAAACAAUUGAGGUGCUAAGAACAAAUAAGAAAUUGUCUUUAAUUGCACAAAAACUAUGUAUUUAUUACACACCAAAUCCAGUACUAAUCGCUUCUCUCCUACCCUGCUGCAGUAGCAGAGAACAGCAAGAUGUGAUACAGAGAGGCCUGUUGCUGGAAGAAAAUCUGAACAGGGCUAUUUCUGAGGAUAGGAUGGCUGCUACAAACAUGGGCUAGCAUGGCUGACAAAAGCAAAUAUGUAUGCCAAGUAAGUGGCAACAAAUGUGUUUCCAUAUUGCUGGUAGCCAUCAGAAGACCUUUUCUGUCAUGGUAAUGAGUGAAAAUGUUCCUCUAAGUGUCUUAGUUAAAAACAAGCAGCACCAAACCUGCUGCCCACCUGCUUACAGAAGCAGUUUAGAGUUGACCUGGCACCUGAUCAUGCCAACUAGCAAAAGUUGGCAGAGUUGUUUCCAAAACCAAACAAAUACAGACAAUAAUAGAAAAAAAAAUCCCCCAUCUGCUGUAGACAAAGCAUUUGAACUGAAUUUGUCUGAUCUGGAAUGAAUUAUGUAGGGGAAAAUUACUUGAGUGGCUCUUCACUGCAGCGCAGUGUUAAUUUAAGGCUGUUAUUCCAAUUGUGAUUUAAAGAAAAAAGAUCAGUCUCUUAUGUUCUGACAACUUGUCCGCUUGAAAGCCCUGUGCGGGUUAUUUUCAGUUUAAAAGCACUUUUACAGGUCUCCAUUCUCGCUACUCUUGCUGUUAGUUUAGAAAAAGGCACUGUGCGCUCCUCAGUGGAGUUGGAACAAGGAGGGUGUUUCUUUGUGUUAGCUGUCCUUUGUCUGGGAACAAAGAGAAGAUACAGGCUGCAGGUCUGUAGCUGUGUGCUGAUAAUUUGUCCCUUACAGUGCAAGAUGAGGCUGCAAGUGGUCAUGCACCCAGCAGUGGCUGUAUUUCCAAACCAUCGCCCAGCUGGGUGUUGAUGCCAGCUCCAGGUGUUGCAGAGAUGCUGCGAGAGAUGGGCUAGUGGUCAUGUUUGGCCCUGGUUGUGUGUUUUUGCCCUUCUGCCCUUUACAGAUAGAUUCAUUCAGCCUUUCAGAUUUGUGCUCUGCACGGGAUAGCAUCUCCGUUUUAUAAGAUGGUGUAUAUAUAACUACUAGAUAAAUGCAUGCACUCGUGAUGCAUAUCUGAUACAGCUACAGGUGUUUUGCUGUCUGGCUGCAAGAACAACUCUGCAUUUUAAUGUAUUGGAUGUUUUUCCAUUUAAAAUCAGAGCGGCUUAGCUGAACAGGCUGCAGUACCCUGGAGAACUCACUUCUGUACGCUGGAGGCCCCAGAACAGCUGUGCUGACAGCUAGGCCAGGCAGGAUGGCAGCUGCUUGAAGGCAGGGCAAAGAGAGACAUUCUGAAACUUAAAGGUAGCCCAUCUAUUGUUACUCCCAUACUAGUGAUGGAAUCCACGGAGUCUGGAUUAGCUAACAAAACUUCUCAUUUCACAAACCUGACACUUCACAGUGUUUCUCAUAACUGUAGCAAGCUUAUCUUAAAGUCGUCAUUCAAAAAAAAAGUGUUUCUUAAACCAGAAAGAGCAAGCUCUCCCUCUCUUAGCUAUUACAUACUACUUAGUUCGCUUUCAAGCAGCAGUCUUGGGAAGUUCCUAUGUAUUUGUAUCCUAUUCUAAAAGAAAUGUGAGUGGGGAGGACUACAGCCGUAGAAGUCUCAUCUGCUUUCAUACAAAAGCACUUUUAGUCCAGUGAUUACCUCUGCCAGAAACCUCAUUCUCAACCACAUUUUCCCAUGCAAGCAUUCUCUGUUUUAUCUUCUAAUGUAUGUCUGAAAGUUUAUAAAGCUUUAAAGAGACAAAGAAGCGGUGUCUACAAACCGUGUUUGAUUUUCACAGGGGUGAGUUUCUGUGUAAAUUCUUCACUUGGGUUCAGCUGCUUUUCUUGCCCUUGUUCUCUUUGACACCAAGUGUUAGGAGGGCAGCCUCCGAGCUUCAUCUGAGCAGUUCUCUUUCUGAGAGCAAGAUUCCAUCAACAGCUGAGCCCAAGAAAUGCUUAACUUCUCAAGAAUCAAAAACAACAUAUAUUUUUAUAGAAAUGUGUAUUUUAAAAAUCUGUUUCCUGCAGCUUCUCCAUAUGUAUUUUUCCCCUGGCAGUUCAGAUUUGAUAAAGACUUUUCUUGUUGAGUUCAUUCUUUUUACGUUGUUUUUAAAUUUGUAGUCAAAGCUUUGGUGUACUGUACAGGAGCAGUCAGCCUUUGUAAUUACUGUAUAAAUGCUUUAUAAUAAAGUAUAUUACUUUUAUUUUAGCAAGUGAGCAGACACUUCCUUUUGUGUGUUUGCUGCCUAUGGCACCUUUUAAAAGACUGUUACACGUUAAAAAUGUACAUAUAUAAAUAUAUUUACCUGUUGCUGUACAGUUGUGAUAGACUGGACUGAAUUUAUUUUUGGUGUGCUUUUUUAUAAAAUAUUAAUACACUAAAGGCGAUCUUGCUGAUGUGAUUGUAAUGUACUAUGUAACUUAUUUACUUAAUAUCCUCUAUAUAUCUAAGAAACCCUUUUAUUAAAUGAGGUUUAAAAAUA